GGGUCUCUAAAGGCUGAUCGAAUGAUUUCGUUGCUCCGAUUUGGUAUGCCAUCGAUUUCAACGUCCACAACACUUUUAAACAACUCAACGCCGACAUUGUCGCCAAGCAUGGACACCACAUCCGCACAGUUGAGAAUCUCGAAACCCAACUCCAGCUGAAUUCCCUUCUUUCUCCAAGUAUCAAGAACAUACAAGAUCUCCAAAUAACGUGCACCAGCAGUGCCCGAUUCCGCACCCUGUGCAUGGAUCUCAUCAGCAGGAACAACAGCAACCUCAGGACGCUGACAUUGGAGAUGGAUGAAAAUGCAAAACAGCGUGAUAUGUCUUCCCGAAUGAUUUUCGUUGCUGCGCUCGUCCCUCACUCUUCUGUCUCCAGACUCUCUUCUGUAAGACUCCAUGGUAUCUGCCUCAGCCGGGAUUCAUUUGCCUCUUUACUGAGAGGUUGUCCUCUGCUCACAAGUGUGGACUUGCAACAGGAUGAGUCAGAAUGGGCAUGCAAACAAUUACAACAACUUCGUGUCCGAAUUCGAGGAUUAGAUACCAAAGAAAAGGUUAACAGAGCUCUGGAAUUGUGGAGAGAGGGAAUGGAAAAGGAUGAAACAGACUUGAUGGACGAGGAAGGGAAGGAGGUUGUCGAUGGGUCUAACGAAUCUCAUGUGAAGAAGGAGGACACAUCGAUCGAGGCACGCGUGGCAAAACAUCUCUUGAAGUUCGAUGAACUGAAGGAAGUCUGGCUGGGUACUCGCACAUGCUAUGCGUAGAAGAUAGUCUAACUAGUCGAUGGCUCCCUAUUAAAAAAAGCAAUAUAAAAAUAAAGCGCACCCUCCAUAGGGCGACAUGGGGAC